AUGAGAGUGGAAGGAGAGGGGGAGGCAGAGGCAGAGGAGGAGGAGGAGGAGGAGGAGGGAAGGAACUACGAUUUGGGGCAGCUGGUGCAUGGCCUGUGGACUAAACUGCCCCGAGUCAGUGAUAUAGAAAUUGUGGAGAAGAAUGCCGAACGAAUUAUAAUCUCUUGGCGAUCACCAGUGGGAGCCGAGGUUCCCAUCUUUGUUGCCAUCUCUUGUCUCAAUUGUCAAAAAGAUGAGGCUGUCUACGUGCCUGGAAACGUACUUACUGGGAAUCGGGUGACCAUUCUCGGAUUGCAGGUGGAUAGGACGUACACUUUUGCAUUCCGCUCGUGUCUGCAAAAGGAUAUGAUUCCUGACUCCUGUGAUGUCAGAGCUGUUCAUGUCACCGUUAAACAGGGCCUAUAUCCCUUGGUGAGAAGGCCAUCGCAGCGAGAUCAUCUCCGUCAGAAUUCCACUGACUUUACCGAUGGCAGUGGCGGCGGUGGUGGUGGUAGUGGCGAUGCUGAUGGGGACGAUGAUGAGGAAGUUGCCUCCGUUGUGACUGUGUUUCAUAUCCUCCUCGGAAUAGCUAUCUUUGUCUGCAUGGCCCUCCUAUUCAUCUUUGGCACUGUAGUGCUGCAUCGGUAUUACAAAGGUCGGCCGCACAAGAGACUCUACGGACUUGUCAACAAUGCCGAGCAACCAGUGAGUGGAAUGAACACCACGGCGAUGGAGUAUCGAAACGCCAUCUUUCUGGCCGGACAAACGAUUUAUCGUCAACUUCCCACCAUUCUCCCCACCUCUAUUGAAAUGAAGAAGCCGCUGGGCAAAUGUGAGUGCCUUUUCUAUACCCUCUUCAUCUCCACAGCCCCCUUUCAUUCAUGCCUCCUUCUCCUCCUCUUUACUUACCUCGUCUGCUCUGCGAAUGGCAGCGCUUCUCCUCUCUCAGUUUAUAGUUUUUUGUCGGGAGGUCGAUUAAGUGGGCUGAGCGUACAGAUAACUGCUCGUUCCCUCCUCCUCCUCCUCCUCCUCCUCCUCCUCCUUUUACUCCUCCGUCAUGCAUUAUUGCAGGGUCUUCUUCUUUCUCUUUUCAUUCGUCAAGGUCGUCAUGGAGAGACGUUUUUGGGACUGCUGAAACCAUUGCCUCCUUCCGUGGAGAAUAGCGUACUAUCAGCGAGAAAAAUCUUUCUUCGUCCUGCCACACCCAACGCUGCUGUCAAAGUCGCUGAAAUUGCCGCUAGCAUUCGACAUCCACGAGUUGUCUUUUGCCAUGGAGUUCUCAAGGCUGUUCAGCCGCACCACCUCCUCGUCUAUGACUUCAUGGCCCUGGGCAGACUUGACAGGUUCCUAAUUUCGGAAAUAGGACGAUUCGAUGGCGGUGAGGAGCAUGGGAAGAGUCAAAAUUGGCCACGUUCUCCAUUGCUUUCUACAAAGAUGGUCUUUCACAUGCUUCAUCAAAUCGCUUCCGCUUUCGCCUUCCUCGUCUCCCUCUCCAUUGACAACUUGCGUUUGGAUUCCUCCAGUGUCUUGGUAGCCUCCGAUUACACUUGCAAGGUGCAACUCAAGACGUGGCCUCCUGAAAUCACGUCAAAGAGCAACGGAUGUGCAAUUGGAGGUGUCGAUAUGAUUUGUCGAAGUCUUGCGGAGUUCAUGGAUCUUGGACCAUCGUCACCUCGCGCCAAGGUCUACAUCAUUCAAGACGGUCAGCAUAUACUCCUUCCUAGGAUUCUGAAACCGUCCACAGAAUCUUCGCCCAGCGUGCUUUUCGACUCGAUCAUUCAGCACCUCAAAUCAUCGGGGCCCGAAGAUCCUCCACCCAACAGCUCUAUGGUGAUGUCGCCCUCAUCAGUGGUAAAAAAUUUGGGCUGGCUGCAGGUAGAAAUGCUCCUGGCAUCGGUCUUGUGUCAGCGGUGUUUGCUUCGCGACUCAGCAACGCCCUCUUCCAAUGUGUCGGAGAAAAUGGGACACAUUUUGAGUCACUUAGAAUGGAGCGAGGCUCUACGAUUGCGAGAAAACAUAAUAACAUUGCUAGCACGAUGGUUCGGCAACGAUUUUCUCGGGUGCAUGUUGAGAAGUUGUGUGCACCCAGAGGCGUCACGGAGACCUGGGCUGAUGGAGGUGGUAAACCACCUACACAACUACCUCACAGAUGGAGGCAUCCAAAACCAAGAGAGCAAAACUACUGCUGUCAUUCACAGGGACGGCAUGAUUUCUCUACCACUAAUCGCUGCAGUGGAGGAAGCCUCAACCCACACCACACCAGCCAAAUGGAAUAAUCUUCAUUUAUCUCCAUCCUCUUGUGCAGAGGUCAAUUCUUUCUACACUUCCGAUACUGUAUAG